GAGAAGAUAAUGGAGGUUAUUCACCUUUCAUUACUAAUAUGUUGGAUACAAUCGUGGCUUUAACAUAUCAAAUUGCGGAUCGAGCGUAUCGAUUACAAUACGGUCAACCUAUAAAUUCAAAACUCACAUAUAAUAGAUUAAUAAGAGUUAUAGCGGGAGAAAUAUAUCGAGCCAUAUUGUUUAUGAAUUAUUUGGUGGUGGCCACUGUAAUUUAUAUUGUUCCAAUUUUUGGACCAUUAAUAUCAUUCAUGUAUUUUUGUUGGAUAUACGCUUAUUAUAGAUGGACAUUGGAACAAAGAAUAGAAUACUUUGAAGAAAGAUGGUCUUAUUUUGCCGGAUUUGGUUUUACAUUUACUGCGAUAACGUUCUUUGUUGAUCAAUUUCUAAGUGCCGGAGUAUUUGCACUUCUUUUCCCACUUUAUAUAAUUAUGGCCAAUAAUGCGCUUCCCAUGCCAAGACAAAAUGAGAGUGCCCGAUUUUCGACAUUUAUGCCUUACAAAUUACGAAUUUUCUGGGUGGCCAAAAAAUUGAAUGAUGGAAUAAUUAAUAGUUUCAAAAAACGAGCCAAUAGUGGAAAUAAGUCAACGACGACGACACGAACAAGGAUAAAAAAUGAUGUUACUUCCAAUUGA